CCCUUGCCACGCAGACCGAUCGCUUCCGCCGAGGAGCUGGACCGGGUGCGGCUAGAGGAUCAACAUCCCAGCCCUUUUGCCCCAAGGCCCAGCUAAGGAAUGGCUAGAGCAGCGGAGGGCUACCAUUCGCCCCUGGGCCAACUUCCUGGACCAGAAACGUUUUGCAAAGCCUCAGAAUUUUGGGGAACUGUGUAAACGUCUUGUCCGCAACGUGGAAUAUUUCCAGAGCAAUUACGUCUUCGUCUUCCUAGGACUGAUCGUCUAUUGCCUCAUCACAUCGCCAUUACUUCUGAUUGCACUUGCUGUGUUCUUUGGGGCGUGUUACAUCAUGUACUUGAAGACCCAACAGUCACAGCUUGUUCUGCUUGGGCGAGAACUCAGCACAGCCCAUCAAUACAGUCUGGCUGGAGCUGUCUCUUUUCCUUUCUUCUGGCUGGCGGGUGCCGGCUCAGCUGUCUUUUGGGUGCUGGGCGCCACGUUGGUCGUCAUUGGUUCACAUGCCGCCUUCCACGAACUGGAAUCCGGGGAGACUGAUGAACUGCAGAUGGAGCCCGUGUAAAAAGCUGGAGAACUUCCUCGUCGUCCAUCUCUCCCUUCCCCUACCCCAUCGCUGUUACAUUGCCUACGUAUACAACGCUGCUAUUUCAUUCCACCUCAAUAUGCCUGCUUAAAUUGCAAUUUCCUCCCAAGUCUUGAAAACCCUCGGUGGCUACCUUACCGAGGUUGCCCUUCCAUUUCUGAUUCUUCAGAUAUGAGAUAUCUCCUCGCCUCUUAUUCCCACUGGCCAUGAGCUUUUUCACUGAGUAUAUAAAAGAAUGCUGCUGUUAAAUUAUUCCCUCUGUAGAUUUUUAGACGCCAUCAUCGCUUCCCCAGUAGCCCGGAACCUUCUGCAUUCAGCCUCUUUAUGUCUCUGAUCGGUAACAUUAAAGAAAACGCUGACAUUAAUCCACA